UAGCUGCUGAUAUGUUGGUGUGGUCGAAGUAGCCGAAGCUUGUAUAUCUUGCGUACAUCUAACAUAUACUAACUGACUAGCUAGCUAUAUCUUAUCUAUAUUUUCUAAGGGAGCUAUCAAACCAAACUGAGAUCGAAAGUAGCUACAAUUGGUACAUUUUCGGAAUUACCAUUUCCUGUCAUUUUGAUAGGCAUUUCCUGUUGCGAAAUAGCUAGGUAGCGGUUCGUGGCAGUAAGCUAGCUGACGUUGGCUAAUUGGUAGCCUAGCUGGCUAGAUGAUGAAUUUGUAGCAUACUUGGAAAUAAUCAUUAUUUGCUGAACGACAUUGAAUAUGGAAGGAUCGUGUAAUAUUGGCACGUUUUACCGGGGAUAUAUUACAACGGACAUAAUUUUUACAGGAUAACCUUAGCUACAUGAAAUGUCAUAACGUUAAGAUAGCCGCGGAGAUGGAGGGACCCACAACCCCCUGAAUAGCUGCACUGAUGGAGAAAUGUCCUCCUCCAAGAUGAGCAAGUCGAAUACUGCACAAGGUUUAGCGGAAUUAUAUUAGCUUCUAUCUUAUCUCUAUAGCUAUAUUAGUCUGUCAAGCAAAUGGGAGACUGGUUAUUCGGGCAUAGCUCAUAAUUGACAGCUAACGUUAGCUAAUGGUGAAGAAAUCACUGCUGUUUUUGGCAUCUGCAAACAACAAGACUGGCUUUGUCAGACAAACCUUAGGCCUUGUCCAGAAAACAAAGUUAAUUUGUGAAACUGACAUCGCUGGAAAUAAGGACAUUUGACCUUUCUGCAUCGUCAUUUGAGCAUUCUGCGUCGUUUUGAUUGAAGUGAGGAUAAUAUUUCCUCAUCAUCUGACUGAUUAGUUAUCAUGAGGAAGUUCUUUGAUUCAUCUCGUCGGGAGUUGGUCAGUUCAGGACCUGGUUCUGGAGGAGGUAGCAGUGGAUCCAGCCAUGUAGGUGGCAAUUUAAUUGGACGUUCAUGUACCAUAGGGCGGCACCAAGUCACUAUUGAAGAAACAGUGGCCGAAGGGGGUUUUGCCAUCGUGUUCCUGGUACGAACCAGCCAAGGACUCCGCUGUGCCCUCAAGAGGAUGUAUGUCAACAAUGAGCACGACCUGCAGGUGUGCAAGCGAGAGAUCCAGAUCAUGAAGGACCUGGUCGGCCAUAAGAACAUCGUUGGGUAUCUGGACUCUAGUAUCACCACUUGUGGAGGAGGAGAUGUGUGGGAAGUGCUCAUCCUCAUGGACUACUGUAAAGGGGGCCAGGUGGUGAACCUGAUGAACCAACGUCUACAGACAGGCUUCACAGAGGCAGAGGUGCUGCAGAUCUUCUGUGACACAUGUGACGCCGUGUCUCGACUGCACCAGGGCAAGACACCCAUCAUCCACAGGGACCUCAAGGUGGAGAACAUCCUGUUACAUGAUAAAGGCCACUAUGUGCUGUGUGACUUUGGCAGCGCUACCAAUAAGUUCCAGAACCCACAGAUCGAAGGAGUGCCAAUAGUCGAUGAUGAAAUAAAAAAGUAUACCACUCUGUCAUAUCGUGCCCCUGAGAUGGUAAACCUCUACAAUAGCAAGAUUAUCACUACUAAAGCUGACAUAUGGGCGAUGGGCUGUUUGCUGUAUAAGCUGUGCUACUUCACUCUACCCUUCGGGGAGAGUCAGGUGGCCAUCUGUGAUGCCAGCUUCACCAUUCCUGACAAUUCCCGCUACUCCUACAACCUGCACUGCCUCAUCCGGUACAUGCUGGAGCCCGACCCUGACAAAAGGCCUGACAUCUACCAGGUGUCCUACUUUGCUUUUAAAUUGGCUCGUCGGGACUGCCCUGUUCAGAAUGUGAAGAACUCUCCAAUUCCUGCUCAACUCCCUGAGCCAAUCAAAGCCAGUGAGGCAGCUGCAGCGAAGAAGAGCCAGAGCCAGACACAGAGUAAGGCCAGGUUGACAGAUCCAGUCCUCACCACUGAGACCUCCAUCACGCCACGGCAGAGGCCCAAAGCUGGCCAUGCCCAGCCCAGCACUGGCAUCCUGCCAAUUCAACCGGCUGCCCUCACCCCUCGCAAACGGGCCAAUCUCCCUGCCCUUCCUCUAGGAAUCAACUUAAACCUUGCCCAGCAAGCGGCAGCCCUCCAAUCACAGAAGGCACAGAUCACAGCUCCGCCUCAGCCAGUGACCGGCCGUUCACAGAACCCUCCUAGUCAGGCCACAUUUCAGCUGGGUGGAAAGCCCCAAGCUGUUGCUCAGCAGAAGCAGCCAGGGCAACUGCAGCAGCAGCCAAUCGCGGCAGCAGUCACCGCAGCAGGGGGAGGAGUCCCACCUGUGCAGGCCAAGACGGAGGCCCCGAGCGCCCCACUACAGGCCGUUCCUCCCUCGCUGGCCAGUCCCACCUCCCAGAAGGCCCAGGUCCCAUCUAGCCCAGCCCCACCCAAAGCCCCAGCACGUCGUAAGCAGGCCGGCCAGAGCCAGACCCAGCAGCAGCCAACCGCUCAGCCCACUCCAGUCCAACCUCCGGCUGCACAGCAGCCUACAGCUCAGCAGCAACCAGUUCCUCUACAACCUGUUCCUCUACAACCAGUGGCCCAGCAGCCACCUGUCCAGGCUCAGUCCAUCCCUGCUAAAACCAGUCAGAACACAGCUGAGACAGAGACGACUUCUCUUCCUGCUCUGUCCAAGACUCCGCCCCACUCUCCAAAGGCUGCAGAGCACACCCCGAGUGACUUUACCCAGAAUUCGGUCGGUGGGCUACCUGGAAGUGACUCCACCCAGCCACUGCAAGAGGCCACAGCAGAAGAUGGCCUCAACCAGUUAAUAUCUGUUGGUACAAUUCCACCCAAUUCUACCCAGUCCCUUCAGCAGAGUAUGUGUGAACCAGCCCAGGAUGGCAACUUUGCUGCCUUUUCCCCUUCCCCUGCCUCUGCCCCUGGCCCUCCCAUCGGCUCCCUCAGUCACCCCGCCUGGAACCCUUUUGGUGAUGAUGACUUCUCCAAUCUCAGUGCGGAGCAUCUGAAUAACAAAGACUUGGUUGACGAACAGGCUGAUGACGUGUCUGCAGAGGUGGAGACGGCCCCCAUAGAGGACCUGAUACCUGGCCUGCUGGAGGUCUCCUCCCCUGGGGAAACAGCCCCUCAACCUGCUGUAGAGCAAUCUGAAGACCUCCUUGGCCUGGAUACAGGAGAGUCUUUGACUGUUCCGGUCCCGUUCAGCAUCCUAGCACUCUCACACACUCCAGAGAAGCUUAUUGAGGGACUGAAGUCCCCAGAUACACACCUCCUGCUCCCUGACCUCCUGUCCAUGGCUGAUCCUUUUAGUGGAACUAUGGAGGAGGCUGUCAAUGUAGUGGGUCCAAUAGAGGAGUCUCUGGUGAGUCUGGACUUUCUCAUCCCUGGUCUGGAAGCUCCUGUGUCCCAGUCUGAGACAGACUCUGCACUGCUUCCUGACCCCCUGUUUGGGGAAGACACUCUGCUGGGCUGCUCUCUCAUCUCUCCCCCCUCUGGAGCCUCCUCUCUCUCCUCUGCUCCCGCUUCCACUGGCACUGGGUCUGUUCUGGAUGAGUUUGACCUGGUAUCUGCGAGUUGCACCCAGCUGCUGGCAGACUCCUCUGAUCUCCUGAUCUCAGGCUUUGAGCCUGUGCCAAGUGCAGAUACGGGCAACGAGGAUGAGUUUGACCCCAUCCCUGUCAUUGGCUCCAAAAACUCCUCUCAAGACCUGCAGAGGGAACCUAGCAGCUGUGAGACACUACCAGGUUCCUCCAGGACCGACAGCUCUGGACCAGCUGUUGAAGAGGAGCACAGACAGAGACUUCCCUUUGCCCACAGCAGCAUCAUUCCCCCCUCACUGUACCCAGAUGAGACAAACUCCCACCCGUUGCUUUCUAAGUCCUCUGACCAGCCAAUCAAGCCUGGCCAGAAACAGUCCCAGUGUCUCUCACCUCCUACACAGCAGCACACAGUCCCCUCCCCUGAUAUCUUCCUGCAGGCCCCUUUCAGGAUUGCAGGGAAAGAAGGGAGAGAUGUGUUUACCAACUCCCCUUUCCCUCUGGCCCACAAGCCUGCUCUGCCAUCUGAUCCUUUCCUCCAGGCCCCCUUUGGGAAGAGGAAUGAGAUAGCUGGGGCUGCUGUCUCUGUCUCCCACCCUCCACAGCCCAACAAACAGCCCCUCUGCCAGGUCCAGCCAAACACCCACCAUCCCCAUAGUCUUUUACAUCCCAGUGUCCAGGGGACGGCCCUGUUCACACCUGUUGCUGCCCCUAGGCCCAUCAUCUGGCAGGCCCAGCCCAGGUACUCCCGGUGCUCAGAGGUCCCCCUGCCCCAGCAGCCUGUCGCAGCCCACCGAGUGGUCUCCAGUGUGGGGCAGCAGGCUGCUGUGGGCUCGGUGGCUGUGGGCCCCCUGCACUCCUGGACCAUUGGAGGCAGAGCUAUAGUGGAUCCAUUCAUCAGGGCCCCCUUCCACCCCAGAUGCCAACAGGGAAAGCCUUGAUAUCUGGACCCCCCUUCCCUCUCCCCAAAUUCAAUAUCUGGCCCCACACCAAAUGCCAAAGCUGGCCUCCAUCUAGUGCCUACAUGUAAGGGGGAGGUUAUCAGCGGAAGUCUGUCCCAGGCCAGCCCUGCUCUUUCCCCCUGUGGAGGGCAUAACCCAGUCCCAGCAGCCCUCUUGUAAGUGUGCAAUCUAGAUUCAUCUGGCUCCCUCUGUUGAGGAUGUAAUAGGUAGACUGACUGUUUUUCUGUGCAAUUGCAGUAUUAAUCAUGACUCGCUCCACCUUGCCCAUAUUCAACUUGUUUUUUUACACGCUCGUUCUACCUCAGCUUUCUGAUUUGCCUUCAGAUGAAACACUGGUAGAUUGCAGCACUUCAUUUGCAUUUCAUGAGGAUUUCCAGGACACAUCAAACUGCUAAAACUAUAUUGAAAAUAAAGAUUGUCCAGGAUCGUUUCACUUUAAAAGUACUAAUGGCAAUCUACACUUUCUGAAUUUGAGAAAUCUCCCGCGUAAAAGGAAAAGAAGAACAAAGGAUUUUGUUUUAUUUGUUGAAGGUUUGUGUUUGUAUACUUACUGUAUAUAUUUUUUUUUUACAUUGUUUUCAACACCAUGUUAAUAAUAUACUAAUGUUGUGUAAAUCACAUUGGGUUUAUAUGGUUCGACUUGAUAUACUAUGGUAGUUCUAAAUUACAUCAGUUGAGUAUUUGCCUGCCUCUGUCAAACGUAUAUAUUCUCCCUCUAUUACUCCAUACUUUUUAACUGUUGUUUUACGCAGUUUCCUUCUUAACAGGUCUUUAAAUGUUUUAUAAAAAGACCUGUUGUCAACAGCAAGAGGAAAGGCUUAUCGUGAAGGAUACUUAGCUUUGGUCCAUAACCAUAGCAGGAGUCUCUAUGCUGUAUUUGAAUGUCUUGGUAAGUUACUAUGGAUCAAAAUGCACUCUAACAUACAGUAAUGUUAUAUGGAGGCCAACAGACAGCAGCUUGACACUGAGUAUUCCAAACAUUAGGAACACCUUCCUAAUAUUGAGUUGCCACCCCACCCCCACCCCCCUUGUCCUCAGAACAGCCUCAAUUCGCAUUGACUCUACAAGAUGUUGAAAGUGUUCCACAGGGAUGCUGGCCAAUAUUCCGUCUAAGCUGCGCUCGGGCACGCAGCUCCCUGGGACUGCUGCAAGAAAUAUCAGAGUGCGCAGAGAAGCACGAGAUUGAACUUCACGCAACUUUCUAGUUUUCCCUGUUAACACAAUCACCGUUUCCCUUUACUGUGGGAAUUGUGAUCAAAUCAACACAAUAUUAGCAACUUUCAAUGCAACAUCUCGAAACAAAACAAAAUAUGCAAGACUUAGUAUGCAAAACUAACUUUACAAGAGAUUUUGUUUGUUGGCAGAACGCAUCAGAGCAGGAUUCUAUUACAUUGACAGGCACGACUCGGGCACAUACUCAACAUAGACCGGUGCGGCAUAACCAAUCAAAGCUGCAGUAGGCCUAUAUGCAAAUAGACCAUUGCCAUAUAUGUAUCAGUGCCAUUCCUUUGAACUGGACUGUGUUUACAGCAUCAGCGGUCAUGGGUAGAUGCACUUGUUUUGAUAUCAAAGUGAACACCACACAUUGGCUGCUAUUGUAGGCUGAAUGAUAGAACAGCUAUUUCCAUGUUAAAAUCUUAUGGGAUGCAUUUCCCCAUUUGUUUUUGAUGGUUGGCCACUCUUGUUGGACUACAUUAUGAUCAAAUAGCCACAGUAGCCUACUUGAACACUGUUAAAACUAACUUUUAAAGCGGGUACAGCGUCAGUGUUCACAGAAAACGCGUGCCGGAAGUUGCACAGAAUUUGCACAUUGAAGUUUGCGCUCAGCAGAAAUUUGCUCAAUGAUGAAACAUUUUUGAGGGAACAUUGAUGCCUGCCCAUAUUGACUCCAAUGCUUCCCACAGUUGUCAAGUUGGCUGGAUGUCCUUUGGGUGGUGGACAAUUCUUGAUACAUAUGGGAAACUGUUGUGUGAAAAGCCCAGCAGCAUUGCAGUUCGACACAAACCGGUGCGCCUGUCACCUACUAUCAUAUCCCGUUCAAAGGCACUUAAAUAUUUUGUCUUGCCCAUUCACCCUCUGAAUGGCACACAAUCCAUGUCUCACCUGUCUCCAGGCUUAAAAAUCCUUCUUUAACCUGUCUCCCCACUGAUUGAAGUGGAUUUAAUAUGUGACAUCAAUAAGGGAUCAUAGCUUUCACCUGGAAUCCCCUGGUCAGCCUGUGUCAUGGAAAGAGCAGAUGUUCCUAAUGUUUUGUACACUCAGUGUAUAUUGUACACCUAUUUCCCUUUAAUGCAUAAUAACCUACUUCUAGCAAUGAUUCUCAAACCUUUUCACCCUACAGACCAUAGGAAAAGUCUCUAUGUACCACCCAAAGGCAAAACAUUUAAUAAUAUGCCACAUAAUAUUGAUGACGUAAAUGAAAGACUUCCUUGUUGUGCCUUACAUUGCACUUCAGAUUAGGAACCUCUGACUUAUCAUUUUCCACAUUCGAUUAAUACUGUGUGGAUGGCGUAUGUUGCCGUAUUUUUUUCUCUCUCACUUUGUGCGCGUCAUUUGGACGAAUGCUGUUACGGAUUUAAUAUGCUCUUGUUAUCUCUCUCACUCUGGAUGUGUGUCUAUUCCUGGUAUUGAUCUAUGAAGUUCCAUUCAUAUGAAGGGGGUGUUGAGGACAAGCACAGCAGUCUGAUGCUCUCACCUGUGAUUACUGUUCAACAAAACCCUCACUGGUCAAUGCUUUGUUAACAUCUACACUGUGCUGUAAACAGAAUGAAGGAUUUUUCAUGAAAUGAUGUAGUAGGCUGCUUGUUUCUUAUUAUUCAGUCGCUUUACAUGUCUACCAAUCUAAUUAAACAUUCAUGUUAACAAUAUGCUUAUUUACACAUUUGUGAUUGUCCUCACUGUCAAGUGGCAUUCUUACCACUAAUGACUCAAUUGUUUGGGUCAUUGUUUGGGUCCAGAGUGAUCGGUCAGAAGGGUAUUUUACCAAAUGUAGUCCUUCUACACCAUGGAAGUGAAGAGUCUUUUAUAUCUCUGAUUGCUUCAGAUGUUCUCAGCAUCAUCCUCACCAUGUAGGACAUUGCAACAGAAAUAGCGGUAGUAGAGAGAUCUACCUGUCUGUCACACAGAAGGAGUUGAUCCAGGGGCAGGCCAGAGGCUCAGCGCUCCCUUGGGUGUGUGAGUCUAGUGCCUAACCUUCUCUGCCAGGGCUCUAUGGCAUCAUAGUUGGCCUUUGCUUUUACUGCCUCCAGCCCCUCUGCCACCUAGUUUAGCUCGUUGCCGUUGGCACUGUGAUUUGCCACAGGCAUGCCUAUAUGAGGUCACUCCCGACAGGAUUGUGUUUCUGUGUCCUUCUAUAAUAGCUCAUUUAACCCAUUUUAAUCCCAUCAGUCACAAUAGUGGGGGGGGGAAAUGUUGUACUUUACAGGCUCUAGAGAAGUUAAAGUUGUACUUAUCAAAAAUAAGUAUUAUAUUAUGAAUGUGUCUAGUGUGAUUCAGAGCUGUUUCAUACGAUUUUUCAAAAUGGUCACAAGACCACAAGCAUUCAUCUACAAGGUGUACUUUUACAGAAACAUUUGGUACUAGAAGUCUGUAUUCAACUGUUUAAAAAAACAAAUACAUUGUUGAAAUGUUCAAAUAUU